AUGACUGUCAUUCUUCAAUUAGACUUGGUCCAGAACUCACCAGACUUUUUUACAACGUUUUCUUUAUUUUCAAUCCAUGGCCUUGGCUCAAUAUUAGAUGCUAGUGUUUCCCCACAAAUGUUGCUUCUUCUUUCCAACAUUUUUACUGGUAUUUAUCUUUUUGCGGUAAUUGUACACUCGGCAAUCAUUUUCCCUAAUCGUACACUCCCCUUGCUUCAGUUUGUUUACAAACACAUUCCUAAAAACCCAAAUGAAGAUAUAAUCAAGUAUUGCGAGUUUUGGAUCCUCUUGACUUCUUGGUGCAUUUAUGCCAUUAUUUCCUUUAUCAUUGUUCCUAGUCUUUUGGUGUGGAACACAUAUAUUAACGACUUUAUGUUUUGGAGGAUCAGUUCCAUUAACCUUGACAUUUCCUACUUCCCUUCGGACUUUCUAUGUCUUACAAUGGAUACUCUCAAGUACGGUAUAAUAAUCUCAACGAUUUACUUGUUUCAAAUAUCUGUGGCUUGGUCCAAUUAUGUCUUGUUCCAAACCAAAAAUCAAGUUGAAGCGCCCAUCACUCUUGAAGAUGAAAAAUCAUUGAGCUCUGAAAAAACUCAUACCACUACUUCUUGCAACAAUGGUACCGUCUCGAACAAUUCUUUGGGUGCUGGUAUGACUGCCACUCACUGGGUUGUCUACACUACUCUGUGCUUGAUGAUGUAUCAAUUUUCAAACAAAAGAGAUAUUUUAAUGAUACCGGUUGUUGUUAUUGGACUACCUUUACUUGCUUAUUGUAUUAGCUACUUUUUUUUAAGAGAGCUCGACUCUGAACAAGAGACUAAUGCAUCUACAGACAACAAGGAAAAGUACCCAAUAGAUGUCAAGGUUUAA